CUUUUUGCCGCUUUGGUAAGUGAUGUUAUUUCGUGGAUGGGGCAGGUGCUUUUAUUACAAGGGAAUCUCGGGGUCAGUUUUGGUAGGUGUUUGGGCCUUGGGGUCUUAAACGACAAGUGCAAGGAGAUUUAAUUAUCUAGUUUGGCAUGGGGAUAGAGGGAUAAAUGUCUCUACUCUCCUUCUCAGACCCUUCCUCAUUGGUAUGCUUUAAGUUGAUAAAUCUGUUGUUAUGUGAGCUUCUUCCUUAAUUGGUUUUGGUGUUAAAAGUUAAUACCUUACCCUCCAGUUGAAUUUGUGAGGUUAGUACUCUAAUCCUCAAUCUAUUGUGUCUAAUUAUCGUUCAUAAUUGUGAGACUAAAGGAAAAAUGCAGUUCAACUGCAUCUCUAUCUGCUCAUGGUGGAUCAUAGCAAAUUUCAGCUGCCUUCAAUUGUCUGAUCCGAAAAGAUGCUACUUCCUACUUGUCUAGUUGCAUCAUUCCCCUGACCUGUCUAGGGAGAUCUUCAUACCUUGUGUAAAUAUCAUAUAACUAUAAUAUUUUUUUUACUAAAGUCAUAUAGCUUUAUUUUCUCAUACCAAAGUCUUAAAAUUUUCACUACUUUACUCACAAAGUCAUAGUUACCGGAAAAGACAAUUCUCCGGUAAUUUUUUCGUAUUCUACCAAUUUUUAUUUUAAAUUCAGUCUAAUAAAUUAUGACUCAAUUAAAAUAUGACCCUAUCCGACCCGAUAUCCACAUCCACAAAUUAAACAUCCCCCAAAUCUGAUACUUAGUUCUUUCUCAAGCAUCUUUUAGGGCUCUCAAGCAAGGAUCAGCAAAAUACAUACUACUAUCUCAAUUCUCUUCUCAAGCAACGGUGUUUCGAGGCUCUCAAGCACUGGUCUUUCAGGGCUCUCAAGCCAAAAAGAUGGCUUCCUCUCCAUCUCAGAGGAGUACUUUAAGGGACAACCAUAAUACUUUUGCUGCACUUAGUGACCACACAAAUGCUUUUGCUGCACUAGGAAUGACUCCAAAAGAGGGUUCAAGUAUCGAUUUGAGUCUCCUGUUCAAUGAAAGCUCUGAAGCUGGUGUGUUGCAUUUAUUUGCAAUGCGUUCGUUGUUAUCAAUCGCUUCUGCUGUUGGUAAACCUAUUGCCAUUGAUAAAGCGACACAACUUAAAUCCAGACCAAGCACAGCGAAGGUAAAGGUAAUCUUAGACCUAAUGAACAAGCAUCCCAAGCGUGUGAGGAUCCAAAGCUUGGAUACAAUCUCUGGAAAAAUCAUUGAAGUGUUUUAGGAAAUUGUUUAUGACAAUAUGCCUUUGUACUGUAACUGUUGCAAACACCAGGGCCACGACGAGAAAACAUGUCGAUAUAUAUCGAAAAAGACUCACAACCCAGCUGCGAUUGAUGAACUUGAAGUUUUUCAAGAACAAACUACUGGGGAAAAGUACACUGGUGAUUUACGUCAACUUCUGAAUGAGAAGAGGGGAGUGAAUGAAGGGGAUCGAUUUGCUGGAGAACAAAAUAGUUUGGCGAAAAAGAAAAUGGGUGAAAAUCAAACUGGGAUUCAUGAACAUGGUGAAAGUUCAGUCAAGAUAUCACAUAUAUGUGGCGUUCCUAGUACUACUGUAGUGCAUGUUGAAGCAGCUAAUACUUUAGUGAAUAAUGCUGUUUUGAAUGCAACUUGGGAUCGAGCUGCAGUAGUGGAAGCAGUGGAGAAAUCAAACGUGCAAAAACUGAGUGAUGCUUCAAAAUUUGAUAUAAAUCCUGGGCUACAGGGAGGUGUUGAGCUAAAUAAAGUUUCAGCUGUUAUUACUUCUAAGGAUGAAAAACGACCAGUUCAUGUAGGCUCACAAUUGGAGGGUAAGCAUGCAACAAUAGCAGUUGUAGAGCAUCAUAAAAAUGCUGGACAAGAACCAGCUACUGUUGGUUCUAAGCUGGAGGCAACUGUUAAUCGACAUCCUGUUGGGAUUGCUAAUCAUAACGCUGCAAUUGGUGAUACAAGGUUGAAGGAUAUCCCUGCCUCUACAGAUUUUACAAGGAUGUACUCAGCUACUGCUGGUGCGUUGAAGGCUGCUGCCGAUCGAGCGGAUACUUCUAACAAGCCUGAUAUGGUUCAACAGCAGUUUGGAGCAUCAGGUACAGCUGUUGAUGUACAUAAGGAGCAACAAGAACUGGAAUGUGUUGGUGUUGAACAAGCUAAACACUCUCCAAAAGGUGUAAGGCAACAACCAGCUGCACACACACUUGCUGAUGAUCAGCAGAAAACUGCAGAGAAAAUCUCUGACAAAACAGCUACUGCCCAGAACUCUGGUAAUGAAAACAUUGGGACUAAGAGCGUAUUGAGGGAAAAUCAAAAUGGGAAGGUGAUCGGGGAUGUUAAGAAAGCUGACAUGAACAAAAAGGAAGGAGAUUGGAGCUUGGUAACAAAUAGGAAAACACCCACAAAGAAGUAGGUCUCACCAAAACAAUAGAAUAAAA